AUGACUUCCCGCCAACCCCCCAGCGUGCCGGACGCCCCCCUCUUUGACAUGUGGCGCGACUACAUGGACCUGGCCGGUCUGCUGCUGCGCAUGCGCAGCGGCCGCCAGACGGAUGCGGAGGAUCAAAAGAAGCCGCCACCUGCCGCGGCGCCAACUCGCCGCUCGACCUGCAGCCUCACCGGGGGGCGCACGGGGGGGCCACCGGACUUGUGCCACUUCUGCAAGCAAAACGGAGAGGCGGCCGACGUCUACCGAUCCCACAAACUGAAGGCGGACGACGGCAAGGUGUUGUGUCCUGUCCUGCGGAGGUACACCUGUCCCAUGUGUGACGCAACAGGAGACCACGCCCACACGCGCCGCUACUGCCCGCUAGUCGCGCGUCAGCGGUUGAACAUCCCGCCAGCUGCCAAGUUCUGGUAGACGUCAUGAUUUAUUUUCUGCAUAUUUCAUCAUAUUUCAUCGUGUUUCAACGUAUUUCAUCAUAUUUCAUCAUAUUUCAUCGUAUUUCAACGUAUUUCAGGACAUGUCAGGAUAUUUUUCAUGAAGUUCACAUGACGUUUUGCUUUUUACCACGAUGUUUUUUAGCAAGUUUGUCAUGUUUCAUUGAAGUUUGUAGAAAGUUUGUCAAGUUUCACAAAGUUGUUCAUGAUGUUUCAAGAUGUUUUCAUCAAGUGUUUAGUUGUUCAUGUUACAUGAAGUUUUUCAUGAUAUUUUAUGAGGUCUUAGUAAAGUUUGUCAUGAAGUUGUUCAUGGUGUACUCCAUGUUUCAUG